AUGAGCUUUCGACGUUCAUCAACACGUGUGAAACCACCUAAAGCAACAAUAAAAAUUCUUUGCGUUGGUGAUGGUUCUAUCGAUGAAUUUCCCUCAGCUUAUGAACCGACGGUUUUCGAUAAUUUUGCUUGUGUAAUGCAUCGAAAUUCAGCGGCAUCGUACAAUCUUGAAUUAUUUGAUACAGCUGGUCAGGAAGAAUGGGAGCAGCUUCGCCGAAUGAUGUAUGCUAAUACAGACGUGUUUUUGGUAUGUUAUUCAUGUAUGCAACCAUCUUCAUUUGAUAAUGUCGAAAAAAAAUGGAUGCCUGAUGUACGCAGUCAUGAUCCAUCCAGUCUUGUGAUUCUUGUUUCACUUUGCAUUGAUUUACGUACGAAUAAUAAUUCAGUGAAUGCUCAACCUGAUCUUAUAUCAACACCAGUGGUCACAAGUCGACAAGGAGCUGACUUAGCUAAACGUUUAAAAUGUAAUGCGUUUAUCGAAUGCUCGUCAAUGCUUCGUUUUCAUGUUCGAGAAGUAUUCGAAUGUGCUGUCGAUGUAUUUGAACGUGAUUAUCAACGAUAUUCUGAUCAAUAUUGUCAUGAUCAACGUCGAUGUCACACAUGGUUAUGUUGCCUUAUGUGUUGUUCAUCGAGAAAGCAAAUAUCACAAAAAAACAACAAACACGAUAAGUCAGAUCAAUACGUUUACAAUCCAGAAUGA